GCAGCGCAUCAAUCAAUCCAUGUCUGUCUGUUCACGUUGGUGUGUGCGUCUGUGUUGGUGGACGGAUGGGUGGGUGGCUGUGCUGCACUCAUUGGCACACACACCUCACACAGACAGACAGACAGACAUGUCUUCUCUUCUUCCUUAACGCCACACCCUCAUCGCUCUCACAGACAGACAGACGAACAGCCUUCGUCAGGCGCUCAACACCAUGCACACAGCGGCCGUCCUACGGCUGUCAUUGUGCGACUUUAUCAAAGGCCUGGGUGGUGCAUUCUGUAUUUGGCGUGUGUGUGGCAAGAGCAAAAAGCACUGACAAUUGACUGACAACACCACACACACUCACUCAAAUGUUGCUGUUAGACGAGGGGUAGGUCAGGCGACCGACCGACCAGGCACACACGAGAGAGGCAAGCAGCUCACCAACAGACAGCUACAACGCCCCGCGCACACCCACACGCACCACGGCCGUCCGAAACAGGAAAAACCCGGCGACAAUCAAUUGUCUUCACAUCUCCUCUGAGUCAGCCGGGCAAGCAACAAAUGGCAGACCGAUCGAGGUGUGCAGGGCCUGCAGGGUGGCUGCCUAGGGGUUCACCCUUCCUCCCACCCAGUAUCCCUUCGCCCCAGUGAUGACGGGCGUCUUGCGCGACACAUAGGGCUUCAACUGCACACACACACAAUCCAACAGACGGCACGGCGCUUGUGUGUGACGUGUUGCGUGUGGCGGUGGUGAGUGUGCUUGUGGGAAUGAAUCGUUGAGGGUCUGUGAGGUCGGUCACCUGGAAGCCCGUCAGGUCAGGCACCUUGAAGGAAGGCACCAGCAUCGGAUUCACAAUGAAAAACCCUGCACGCACACGCACACAGCCACACAGACACACACAGCAAACACCGCAGAGAGAGGCCAUCAAGUCAACCGUGCCCAUCUCUGUCUGCUUGUCUGUCCCACACAUAGAUACGUACCUUUCUUUGUGUGUCUGCCCAGUCCGAUUGCACCGAAUCCCUUCUUGAAUCCCGGCCCCGUGUGCUUUGGCAGCAGCGGCCCUCGGCCCUUGCUCGGGCCACACUUGGUGCCCAGCACCACACGGGACAGCCGCACAGCGCCGGACAUCACUCAUUCCAGCCACCAACACAGAUGAAAGCUAUCGUGCAGCAAGAUGAACGAUGGACACGGGAAGCGCAGAUGCCAUUCGACAGGCCCGCUUUUUUUCCUCUUGCCGUCUGGAAGCCCAGCUA